GCCUUUCGCAGACCUGAACCCAGCAAGUUGCCACGUGAUCGCGGCUGGGGCGGGGCUUGGAGAAAGAGGGGUCUGGCUGUGAACAUGGCGGCCUGUUAGUGCAAUGACCGUGUGACAGAAAAAAAAAGUCCUCUGCCAUCUGGUUGUUCAUUAAGCUGUUUUCGAGUUCUAUCUAUUGAGCGACACCCAGACCCAGUUACCACCCAGCUUUCCUGAGUGCAUGUUAUCCAGUGAUCCAUUCCAGCUUUCUCAGGCUCCUGAAUGUCAAAUCACCCAGAUGAGCUCCCCCGUGGUGAUCCGCCAAAGCAACAUGAAGACCAAGCAUCUUUCUCAAGACGUGCGGCAAAGAGUUGUAGCGCUCCACAAAGCUGGAGAAGGGUAUAAAAAAAUUUCAAAGGCACUGACUCUCCACGUCAGCACAGUGCGCAGUAUCGUUAUAAAAUGGAAGACCCACCAGACUACCGAGACUCUUCCCAGAUCAGGUCGCCCUCCUAAACUGUGCAACCAAGUACGCAGAAAGUUAGUUGAGGAUAUUGUACAGCAGCCAUUGACGACUCUGAGAGACCUUCAGAAUUCAGCUUCUGAGAUGGGAGUCCAUGUUCACACAUCAACUAUAAGUCGUUCCUUACACAAAGGCCGUACUUGUUACAUGGCAUCCGAUGAUAAACUGGAGACCUCUCCACCUGUCCUCUACCCAAUGUCCACUCAGACAAUGGAGGCUACAAUGUCCUAUGAGGCUGUGGUCCCUCACUGGUUCUAUGCCAGGGCAGAGGAGGGCAGAAGCUCCUGGAACCCCUUCAGCAAAGAGGACUCUGACAUGCUAGAGGCAGCGUUCUGCUCUGGUACCAAUCCAAACAGCAUUGUUGUACCCGUUUGUGGCGGGCGGUAUGACGUUUAUCUGGGAAGUCGCAGGCGCCUGUCUGUCUACUGGGAUGAGGAGGACUCCAUAGUCCAGAGAUGCACCUGGUUCUACAAAGGGGACAAGGACAGUAGAUAUGUUCCCUAUCCGGAGAACUUCAGUGAAAUAUUAGAGGAUACCUACAUGCAGGCGGUUACACAAAAUGAGUGGAAGAAGAGACUGGAAUCCCCGACUAGAGACCUUAUUAUCUUACAUAAUCCCAAGCUAAUGGUUCACUACCAGCCAUCAGGAAUAACAGAUGAAUGGGGGGCCACACCGAGCGAGCAGGGUCGGCCUCGAACUGUAAAGAGAGGAGUAGAAAAUAUCUCCGUGGAAAUACCUCAAGGUGAGCCAACCCAGAUUGACCACUUGGUCUUCAUGGUUCACGGUAUCGGACCUGCCUGUGACUUGCAGUUUCGCAGCAUUGUGCAGUGUGUGAAUGAUUUCCGUCUAGUGUCUUUGAAUCUGCUGCACGCACACUUUAAGAAAUCCUUAGAACAAGGACAGAUCGGACGGGUCGAAUUCCUCCCUGUGAAUUGGCACAACGCUCUGCAUGCCGAUGCCACUGGAGUAGACAAUGACAUCCAGAGGAUUACACUGCCCAGUAUUUGUCGCCUUCGUCAAUUCACCAAUGAGACGUUACUGGACCUGUUUUUCUACAACAGCCCAACUUAUUGCCAAACCAUAGUGAAUACUGUCUGCGGGGAGAUGAAUCGCAUCCACAGGCUUUUCCUGGAGAGGAACCCUACAUUCAAAGGGCGGAUCUCGUUCACCGGUCACAGUCUGGGAUCUCUCAUUCUGUUUGAUCUACUCACCAAUCAGGUUGAUCCCACAGGAAACACCCCGGUCAAAACUAAGACUUCUGUACAGAGAUCAGAACCACAGACCAACAAGCAGACACUGAAAGACGUCUUGAAGGAGCUGGAGCUGGAGGAGCUGAUCAGUGUGUUUGAGCGGGAAAUGAUGGACAUAGAUGCCUUGGUUUUGUGCUCUGAGCAAGACUUAAAGAAUCUGGACGUUCCUUUGGGACCAAGGAAAAAAAUUCUUAACUAUAUAAAAUGCAGGAGAGAUCGCAAGGUAACUGACACCAACAGCACAGCUCCGGAAUCCUCCCAUAACAAUGACCUCACUCCACCUCCGCUCACCUCUGGCACCACUUUCAGUAUGGUCAAUUACGAAUACUUUGAUGUAGGAAUUGGACAGGUCCGGAUCAAUUACCCACAGUUCAGUUUCCACCCAGAGAUUUUCUUUGCCUGGGGCUCCCCCAUUGGGAUGUUUCUUACCGUACGGGGUUUGAAGAGGAUUGACCCCAAAUACCAGUUCCCUACAUGUAAACGUUUCUUUAAUAUCUACCAUCCUUUUGAUCCAGUGGCGUACAGGAUUGAACCCAUGGUUCUGAGGGACGAGGAGUUCGAACCAAUGCUGAUCCCUCACCAUAAGGGCAGGAAGAGAAUGCAUCUAGAAUUGAAAGAAGGACUAACACGUAUGGGUACAGACCUUCUGGGGUCUCUUCGGGUAGCCUGGCAGACAUUCACCCGUCCCCCGGUGCCUACCUUACCACCGCCGACUGCAGAAGUUGCUGAGUUGCCUGUUUCUGACAUCCCGCCUGUCGCAGAAGCCUCACCUGUAGCGUCAGAAGACGAGGUUUCGGUGAAAGAGGAUCCGAUACAGCUCGACGUGGGGAUGUUAAAUGGCGGUCAGCGAUUUGACUAUGUUCUCCAGGAGAAACCAAUCGAGAGCUUCAACGAAUAUCUAUUUGCACUACAGAGUCACUUAUGUUACUGGACUUCAGAAGACACUGCCUUGCUGUUUCUCAAAGAGAUAUAUCAAACAAUGGGAGUGAGCAUGGAUCAACCUCUUCAGUAAUAGUACAACUGGCACAGGAGGCCUCACAAAGACUCUGGGUGAACUGAACCUGUGUAGUGGGAAGAUGUUAUCGGAGGGGUAUCUAUGAGCCUGGGCUUCCACCUUAACCUAAAUAUAUUGAGCUGUGGUGCUUUAUAGAUAGUCAAAGGUUUCUGUUGUUUGAGAUCUCCAGCUCAAAGCUUACACUACUGGGGUAUGAAAGGGAUGGUCUAAUGACAUUAUCAAAAAACUGUGGCUCCCUGUUCUGGAGGGGGCUGAUAUGUUUAAAAUCCAUACGCACGCCUUGAAUUCAAUUUUCCUCAAGAAAAUGAGGCACUUAUAUAUUUUUUAUUAAAAGGGGUACUCCACUACUUUAAAACGUAUCCCCUAUCCAAUAGGAUAAAUCUCCGGAACGGGGCCCUGUCUCUCCCUAAACAUUAAGCAACAUGUUGGCACGCACUUCAUGCAUUCUUUACGGGAGCCAGGAGCUAAAUGAAUCCCGUACUCUGGUAUCUUCAGUGCUCCCAUAGACAGUGCUUGCACAAGGAGUGACAGGGGCCCCUGUGAGGUGCAAAACUGCACCCCAUGCAUUUCUGCCUCGGCCCCUCCCCUUAGCUGUCCUGAGAUUUCCGAACAUACAGCGAGUGGAGGGAAGGCGGAGCCUCCCAGGACGCAGUUCUGCACCUCCCUCCCCGCUCCUUGACGUAGAUUUUGACAGCUGUGAAAAUCUACUUCCAGGGAACUGUGUGAGUGGGGCUGUGCACCUCCCUCAGGAGGAGAGGGAUUCCCACAGCCCCCUGGACAUAGAUUUUCACAGCUGUCAAAAUCUACUGCCUGGAUCGGGGGAGGGAGGUGCAGAACUGGGGAUGAUUUCCAUAAGUGUUUUUGGGGAAAA